GGCGGAUGAAACAAGGUUUUUGUUUGGGUUACAUGUGUGAAGAUUUGAUCCUUUAAUUCAAAGAAGUAUAUUGCAAUCAGGAAAAAUCAAUAUGGUAUCUGUACAUGAAAAUGCUGUUGCAAUACCUGGAGAAAGAUUAGGCAGCCUGGAACAGUUCUCACCAGGGAACGGAACUUACGUUCGCCAUGGAUAUGUGUAUGCGAGUCUUGCUGGGUACAGACAGGUACAAGAACAACAGAAUGGAGAAAAAUCUAUUAUAAAUGUCAUAAGAGAGGAAGAAAAGCAUGUAGUACCAGCAGUUGGCUCAGUUGUGACAUGCAAGGUAAGGUUUGGUAAAGUCUUCAUACAAACCAAUUGGCUCAUCAGGCUUUUUCCUGUAGGGGCAGCAAUGGUUCCAAUCAGUUGGUGUGAGAUGCAGUGCCCUAAAACAAGGGCUAAAGAAUACAGAAAGGUUGCAAAAGUCCAGCAAACAUCGUAAGAGUAAUAUAUUUUUGGGAACAUACAGCCUUGUACCUCAAUGGCUAUGUCAUGUUCACAGUGAGACAUGUGAGAACAAGGUUGCCGCUGUAAGCAGGACAAGAAUUUCUUCACCAGUUUGUUUUAUGGAGUUUCACUAAGACUUGAACAGAAUCUCUGUACAAGUCCACAUGUAGCUAGUAGCAGCACGUGUGGAUGAAGGUUGUAAAGUAAAUACAAAAACAAAUGAGUUAGUAGUUUCAAAGUUCA